AUGAAACAUAUCGAUGAUAAUAAAACAAAAAAUGCUGAAAUUGAAAAAUAUAAAAAAAAAUAUGAAGAUACUUUAGAAAAGUUACAAAAAGAAAAAGAAAAUUAUAAUAUAACCAAAAAAAAAUUAAAAACUGAAAAACUUCAUCAUGAAGAAACAAGAAAUCUUUACAAGACUGAAAAGGAAAAUUUGAAAAAAGAAAAAGAAGCACAUGAAAAAACUAAAAAACUUGCUCAAGAAAAGAAAGAAAAUCUAUUAAAACAAAUAAAUAAAUUAAUAAAAAAAAAUAAAAAACUUGAAACUCAACUUAAAGAUGAAGAAAAAAAGAAGAAUGAAUUAGAAAAAAUUGUUAAAAACCUUGAAGAUAAGUAUAAUAAAAAAAUUGCAAAAUACGAUCAAGCAUGUAAAAAUACUAACAAAAUUAAAAAAGAUUUAAAAGAUUUACAAGAUUUAAUUAAAGAAAAACUUGUUAAUCUUGUUAAAUCAAUGCUACCAAAUCUUUUACGUAAAAUUAAUAUUCAUUUAGAUAAAUUAAAACUAGAAGUUAUUGAUGCUGCUGAUACUGCUUUUACUUUAGAAAAAUUAGUUAAAACAUUUGGUUAA